AUGUCCCUCCGUGAGCAUGCAAUGUCCCUCUUCCGCAGCGCGGUGGGCACCGUCCGUCCGGCUCUGAUGCUGAAGAGGGCUGUGAAGCUCCAGAGAGACGGGUGCCCUCAGCUGCUGGUGAAGGGCUGGGCCUUUCCAGUGAAGAGGCACCUGUACCUGGUGGGUUUUGGCAAAGCUGUGCUUGGGAUGGCUGUGGCAGCAGAAGAGAUCCUGGGAGACCACCUUGUUCGGGGGAUCAUCAAUGUGCCACUAAUUGCUGUGAACCCCUUCAGUCCUUUCCAGCUGCCGGAGAUGCUCCUGAAGCCACACAGCAAAAUCCAGGUCAUCGAAGGUGCCAGGAACAACCUCCCAGACCUAGAGGCUCUGAAGGGAGCAGCUGCCAUCCAGGAGCUGGCUGAGGGUCUGACUGUGGACGACCUGCUCCUUGUGCUCAUCUCAGGGGGGGGAUCCGCCCUACUGCCUGCUCCCAUCCCUCCCAUCCUCCUCGAAGAGAAGGAGAAACUCACAAAGAUGUUGGCUUCCCAAGGAGCUACCAUACAGGAGCUUAACAUUGUCCGGAAGACACUGUCCUUGCUGAAAGGUGGAGGACUGGCCCGGCUCGCAUAUCCCGCACAGGUGGUGAGCCUCAUCCUUUCUGAUGUGAUUGGUGACCCCCUGGACAUCAUAGCGAGUGGGCCCACUGCUGCGAGCUCCCACAGUGUCCAAGACUGCCUUCAGAUACUCACCAAAUACAACCUGCUGCAGAACCUGCCCAAGUCAGUGGAGACAGUCCUGUCCAGCUCUCCCAGCAAGCCCGCUGCUCCGGAAGACUACUCCCAUGUUUGCAACAUCAUCAUUGGGUCAAACACGCUGGCUUUAGAUGAGGCCAAACGCCAAGCUGAGGGCCUGGGCUAUGCGACUCUGAUUCUGAGCACAGCAAUCUGCGGGGAAGUCAGCCAUGUCGCCACGCUGUAUUGCCAGCUGAUCCGGCUGGCUUGCCUGGGCUUCGCCGGCCUUGGAGACGGGCCCUUGGGUGACAAAGUGAGGGGGAAUCUCCUGCAGCUGGUGGCAGAGCUAGAGAUCCCAGACUUGAACCUUGCUGAGUUUCUACAGGGCCUGCGAGGAUUAGGGCCUGAAAGACCAAUCUGCAUCCUGGCUGGUGGAGAAACCACGGUUCAGCUUCAAGGAACCGGCAAGGGAGGGAGGAACCAGGAGCUGGCCCUGCGCGUGGGGCUGGGGCUGCACAGGGCACAGGCCACAGAGGUCAGCGGGCCUCGAGGGAGGUGCGAGAUUGUCUUCCUCAGCGGUGGGACAGACGGGCAGGAUGGGCCGACAGAGGCAGCGGGGGCCUUCUGCAGCCCAGAGCUGGUGGAUGAGGCACUGCAGGAGGGCCUCGACAUCAGGGCCUUUCUCAGCAACAAUGAUUCCUAUACGUUCUUCAGCCAGUUCCAAGGUGGGCAUCACCUCCUGGUGACGGGCUUGACAGGCACCAACGUCAUGGACAUCCAGGCCAUUUUAAUUAGAGCCAUGGAGACAUCGUGA